UUUCUUUAUUUAUUGUAAAUAAUUAAAUAUGGUGAUAAGCGCAGUACCUGUGGCGGCCUGCAGGGGUCGCCGUUGCUCCGUCUUCUUCAUCAUUAACAUGAAGAAGAAAGAUGGCGGAGCUGAGCUGUGGAGGCUGCAUCGGUUGAGCUGCUGGCAGUUAAACAACAACAGAAGACAGAAGAGAGCAGAACAGACUCACAGUCUCACCGUGGAGGGCUGGGAGAGGACCGGAGAGCAGGGAGGACUCUGAGGAACCAGCAGGGACAGAUUUACCUCCCAACAGGAGGAUAAAAUCAUCUGUUAUCUGUCCUCUAACCGAGAGAACCGACACAGACACGAAAACAAACCUGACAUGAACGAGGAGGUUGUAUGCAAUAGCCAUUCAGUCACUGUCUUAAGCUGCACCAAGUCGUUAUCACCAGUUCAUGAUGAAAUCAAGCUGACACAGGAGGGAAGGUGCUCUCCAAUAUGCUUCCAGCAGCAUGAUGCUCGGAGGCAGGGAGACGGCAGGAGAACAAACACCAUCAGCGCUACACCAAAAGACUCUCAGACUGGUUUCCCAGAGAUGGAGAGCAGCUACAGCCAGUGUUCACCCUGCUGGUCAGAUGAACAGCGGACGCCUCCGCAGCUCCACUGCGCUCAGACCUGCCUUCGUUCCCCCGCCGAACUCCCCCUGCCUCUGGGUAACGGCUUGUCUCACGCUCCCCUCCACGCCGCCAACAACAACAACAACAACAGCAGCAACGCUCUCCACAGCCUCCAGCGGAGAGGCGUCCGCCUCAAGGUCAAAGGAAAGAAGUCCACGCUAAGAAUUGCAGGCGGGAAAAACUCCCAAAACCGAAAAGUUACCGACUUCUAUCCAAUAAGACGAAGCUCCAGAAAAAGUAAAACAGAGCUUGAGUGUGAAGAAAAGAAGCUCAUAGAUGAUCUCAUCACAAAGGGAAUAGAAGAAGGAAUGGAGGUGCAGCAUAUAGAAGGAAAGGGGAGAGCAGUGUUUGCCACUCGGUGUUUCCAGAAAGGCGAGUACGUGGUGGAGUACCACGGAGACCUGCUGCAGAUCACCGACGCCAAAAAGAGGGAGGCCGAAUACGCUCAGAACCCCGCCACCGGCUGCUACAUGUACUACUUCCAGUACCUCUGCAAAACUUACUGUGUGGACGCCACGAGAGAGUCUGGUCGAAAGGGUAGGUUGAUAAAUCACAGUAAAAACGGAAACUGCCAAACCAAACUCCACGACAUCAACGGGAUCCCUCACCUCAUCCUCGUUGCCUCUCGAGACGUCGACGAGGGCGAGGAGUUGCUCUACGACUACGGAGACCGCAGUAAAGCCUCCAUCGCAGCUCACCCGUGGCUCAAAUAUUGAUCCUCGGCGGGGGGGGGGGCAAAAAGAAAAGGGAAACCUACAGUAACACUUGUGUUUCUCAUUAGCUAGUGUACAAAAUGCCUUAGAAACAGAAUGUGUACCCUUUUUGUUGGUGGGAUGGGGGGGGGUUUAUGUGUUGACGGGGUACUUAUCACAUUUUGAUUAAUGUCUAUCUGCCUUGUCGGAUGACAUCUGUACUUUUAUUUAUGUGUAUAUGAAACAUUCUGGUUGUUUUGCAGCACAUUUAUUUUGUACAUUUUGUAUUACCUAUAGACCAAUGCUUCUACAGCAUGCAGGUGGUAGUUAAUGCUCUGCAUUUUUAUACUGCGUUUUUCUUAAUUAGUCGUUAGAUACUUAGCAAUACUUAGAAAGCCCUUUUUUUGGAAUCAGCAAGAACUAUGAGAUGCAAAUUACUAAAUAUGUUCUGUUCAGUUUGAUUUCAGCCAUCAAAACUCACACAAUCUCCCGUUGUUUAGUGGAAGUGUAAUAGUUUACCAAACUCAUGAUUUGACGUUGGAUCAAAGUAUUCGUGUUGAACAUACAGACUACAUAGGAAUACAGGAUUUUUUCCUCUUUUUUCAUGCUUUUUUUUAAAACCUAUAUUGUAAUUUUUAAUAUUUAAGAUGCACAAUACAUUGGAAUUAUCAUGUAGUAAAGUUUUCUGCAAACACCUACA